AUGAAGGAUCCAAGUACAGUACCGGCCAUCAAAGCAAGGCCUUCCAGCUUCUCCUCCAACUGCAGGGUCCGUCAUGGGGCCAACAUUGCUAGCCGGCUGCUGUCGCUUGCUGUACUGCUUUGCCGUACAAGUGGCGAGGUGUUGACAUUCACCUCGCCCGGAAAUCCAAUCCUGGCAGACGGGUCUUACUACUCGGCGGACCCAGGUCCAAUCGUCGUCAAUAAUACUCUUUACAUCAUCUCCGGCCAGGACUCGGCGCCACGCAAUGAUAACGAGUUCAUCAUAAAAGAAUGGUUCUUAUUCAGCAGCUCCAACCCCAAACCCAAGCGAUGGGCAGUGGUCGCCUCGUACGCAUCUCAGAUCGUCCAAGGCGUAGAUGGUCGAUUCUAUGUGUAUUGCCCUGUCAGGCAGGCCAAAACAUCCUCUCCAGACCCAUUUGCCAUCGGUGUCGGUGUAGCGGACAACAUCUUGGGACCAUACACAGACCAUCAUCCAAGCGGCCCGAUCCUUUCUCAGUCAUUCCCGGCUCCGGGCAACAACAUCCAGAACAUUGAUCCCACGGUCUAUGUGGAUAACGACCACAAAGUCUACAUGUAUUGGGGUACAUUUGGUGCCCUCAGGGGCGUCCAAUUGGCCAGCGACAUGAAGACUUUCGCCUCCGAAAUAGUCAGCGUGGACUCAGUAACGGGAUUCUUUGAGGCCCCUUGGUUGACCAAACGCAAAGAUGCCUACUACAUGCUAUAUGCAGAUAACAGUGCGGGCCCAAAUUCUGGCUGCACUCCGACAGUAUAUCACGCCUGUAUUGGGUACGGGACCGCCAGUAAUCCCCUUGGCCCGUGGACAUAUCAGUCCGUCAUACUAAGCAUUGUCUCCUCCACCACUUCGCACUCUGGAGUGGUACCCUACGGUGACAAGUGGCUGUUCACGUAUCACACCGCAGAUGCCGUCGGUGGAGGAAACUUCCGGCGAAGCUUAGCCAUGGACUACAUGGAGUUCGACGACACUACCUCGCCCCCGGCCAUUAAGCCAAUCAUUCAAACCCACCGCCCUGCUCCCCCUCCACCUAGCACUUACGCACGUCAGCAACUUGCCGCUGCCCAAAGUGAUCCCAUUUGCGCUAUACAAUAUCAGAUCGAGUCAUUGCAUGAUCUCAUGGUGCCCCUCAAUCCUCUGCCACCGCAGUACUGGAGCUCCUACAACGGUCCCAGCAGUCAAGUGAAAAGCGUCAUUAACUAUACAUGGAAUACCACAGUGACCCUCAACGGCACGUCCAUGGCCUUCUUUGCAGACCAGCGCGCGGGUGCGGUUGAUGGGGUUGCACCCCCGACUGAAUGGUUCACGGAGUGUCAGACUAGCACAGGUUCCUGGGCACGUGUGCAGAAUCUAACGGCGUACUCGACUGAGGUAACGGAUACACCAAAGGCCACUUAUUUCGAGCAGAUUGAGACCAAAGGGCUGCGGGCGACGCUGUACGCCCCGACAAACGGAUCUUCGACUGCGGGCAUCGCUAUAAAAGAAUGGGCUGCUCUUUCACCUCAGCUUUCGUCGUAG